AUUUCCAACUCUGUCCUUUUUAUUUGCGGAACUAACUUAAGGAGGAGAGAGUCCUUACACGCGUAGCACUCAAUGUCCACUUUGCUUUACAGCGUGUGCCUGACGCCUGUUGCUGAUUGCAAACACAAUUUUCAGUUCGGGACACGCGAUAUACCUGGAAAUAAAAUGCUACAGGGAAGUAUACUGGAAAUGAACUCCACAGCUAGACAAACACAACCCAGCUUUGUUUAAUUGAAUCUAAUUGAAUGGUCUCUGUCAUUGUGUAGUAAAACAAAUGCUAUGAGCAUAAAAACCAUGAAGAGAAUAAUAUAUGAAAUGAGAGACUAACAAAAAUAUAAUUAUGUUUUCUUCAUUUUUUUCCACGCCAACUAUCCUACUGCCUUACCAUAAAGGCACAAAUAGACGCGCAGCAACAAUUCAAAGGGCGGCUGGCGGUAUACUGCCUCUGAAGUCUGUUGUCAAUUCUCCAAAUUUUACUCGGAAGUCAUGUCUGAAAACGGCUUAUGUUGCCACAUACAUAGUGAAUGAACUGCAGUAAAGUGAGCAGACAUGUGGAAAGCCAGCGGCCACUCGGGUUUUUGUUGCGCGUCUAUUAGUGCCUCAUACGGUAAAGCGGUGUAGAUAGUCAGAGCGGAUAAAAAGAACGAAAACACAACUAUUUUUUAGUUAUAGUCUAUCAUUUGAUUUUUUUUUUUGUUAUCUUCAUGGCAUAUCUCUUCAUGUAAAUUAUGUAUUUUUACUUCAAAUUGAAGGGCAAGUCUGUAAAAAAUGACUAAUUUAUUCCUAAUGUAGCCAUACUAAGAUGCUGAUUAAAAAAAAUUCCUUGAGAGGUUAUAAGUGAAUACAUUUGUGUUUGUCGUAAUUUUAGGCCGUUUCAGCCAACCACGCUGUUUUACCGUAAAGCCACAAGUAGACGCGCAAAAAAAAAAAAAAAAAACUGGUGGCGGCUGGCUUCCCACAUGGCGGCUCACUUUACUGCAGUGUGAAUGAGCCCUCGUUGUUAUAUUUAUUCUUCCUCAACUCAAAACAUCCUGUUAUUAUGGAGGACCAUACAUGACUUAAGUAUAAAUAAAUAAAUAAAUAAAUGUAUAAAUAAAUACAGAAAUAAAUGAAUAAAUAAAAAAGGAAAUACAUAAAUAAAUACAGAAAUGUCUUAAAUAUAUUUCCACAUUUAUUUAUUUUCACAUUUCUGUGUCCGUAUGCUAAGGAGAAAGACGGGCCUUAGCACAGUCUCAUGCGGGAUUGGUCACAGGAGUGUAAUGAUCCAGCCCUUCUACUUCUGCCUCUCAAUGCUGACUAUUGUUCAGAAGCUGUUUGCAGCGUUUAGCCAGUUCACACUUAAAAUGAACUAGUUCAAGUUCAGAGGGUUAGUUAAGGUUAUUUUUUAUUGGGAAGGUUUAGGUGUCAGUAGUUCUGACUGUGAGCGCCCAAUGGCGGAGCCAGGGGGUGGCCACCCCAUUGGCCACCCCAAGCACCACAUCAGAGCGGUUAAAAGUUUUGACGGCUGUGGAAAAAUGCGGAACCUUUCUCGCACCGCUAGUACACUGUCGGACCCUUUAGCCACGCGCAGCGCGCACACAUCCUGUAUUUGAAUUAAACGGCUCAAGCAUGGCCUGAGAAUGCCUGUUACCACCUGACGCUUCGACCGGCACCUGCGGCUAAGUGAAGAAACCCAAAACAGAAAGGUAUGAUAUCAUAAUGGAUGUUGUUUUUGUCUUCUAAUAACUGUGACUAUCCCACCCAUGACUAUCUAUUUUGCGAAGUUUAGAAGCAAGCUAGAUCGGAGGAGAACAUAGUAAACUGUUAAAAUUGCUAUAUGCUAUGCUGUAUUUGAUAACUAUGUUGCGAGAUUGUGUACAGUGUUUUAAUAUAAUCUCUCUCUUGUCUCUACACACGUUUGUUUUUGCAACUUCGGAUCGACUUUCGAUCUAGUUAUUUGCUGUUAACUGCUAUUGUUGCCAGAACGUGUUAUGAUUGUGUCAGGUAUAUACAGUAUGCAUUUUGGAUAGGUGUCAUUAAAGAGGGAAAAAUAAUGAAGAGGAAGAAGGCAGACAUAGCGUCCUUCUUCAGGGCAAGUGGAAAGAAGACAGCUAAGGCAAAGAAUGAGGAUGAGAUGGAGAAAAAACAGGCAGAGAGCGAGGAUGAGGAGCCCCCAGAGAGCAGCAACUUAAAUGGACCUCCAGAUGUUUCUGAAAGAUUGAUUGAGAGCAGGACAGAAGAGUCCUCCCUGAGGAGUGGCCCCAGUGGAUCCCCAGAUUCCCACAGAGAAGAUUCAGACAGCGAGAGAGAGGAGCCUCCAACAACGAGUGGCGGCCCAAGUGGACCUCCAGACAUUUCCAAAUCAAGAACUGAUAGUCCAGUCCAGCCACGUCUGAAACUCUAUCCGAGGACACUCCAGGGCGACAGGCGCAGACACUUUCAGGCAUCGUGGUACUCUAUCCACACAUGGCUUGAAUAUUCACUGUCACAAGACUCAGCAUACUGUUAUGCAUGCAGGCAUUUUGGCCUCCCACACACAGAGUCAGUGUUUACGUCAGCCUUGGGUUUUAAAAACUGGAAAAAGGCAACAUUCAGAGAUGGAGGGUUUUGUGGACAUGCAAAGGGAGAGGGUCACACAAAUGCAAUGAUUGCUUGGAAAGAAUAUGAGAGAGCAGAUAAAGCUGAUGCCUUGUUAAUGAGUACUUUAAGUAAAGAACAUCAUAAGCAGAUAGAGGAAAAUCGUGCCUACAGAAAAAGUUUAGCAGAAGUCCUACUGUUAACUGCAACCCAGAAUAUUUCACAGAGGGGACACAAGGAGACAGUAGAUGCAGACAACAGGGGAAACUUCUUGGCUAUAUUGGACAUGAUUGCUAAACAUGACCCAGUUGUUAAAAAGAAAAUGACAGGGCCUCGCAAUGCAAAAUACACGAGCCACCAAAUUCAAAAUGAAAUUUUGGAUACAUUAGCUGAAAUGGUACGCGCUUCCAUCAUAAACAAAGUCAAGGAGAGUGAAGUCUUUUCCCUUAUGGCAGAUGAAACUAAAGACCUUAAAAGAAAGGAGCAGAUCUCUUUAGUGUUAAGAUAUUAUUAUGCAGGAGCCGUAAAAGAGAGCUUUUUGCACUUUGAAUCUGCAGACCGCCUAGAUGCUGCAGGCCUGACGUAUAAAAUAAUACAGGUACUUGAGAGAUGUGGCUUGGAAUACAAAAGUAACCUGAUCCGGCAAUCAUAUGAUGGGGCUUCUGUCAUGAGUGGCAAGCACUCAGGCGUUCAGGCUCGUAUUAAAGAGGUGGCAAAACAGGCCUUUUAUGUACAUUGUAAUGCCCAUUGUCUUAAUCUUGUUCUUGUGGACACAGUUAAGGCAGUACCACAAGCUGAAUGUUUUUUCGCAUUGUUGCAGAGACUCUAUGUAUUUGUGUCUGGCUCGUACAUUCACAACAAGUGGCUGAACAUACAGAAAGAAAUGUAUCCUGGAGCACCCAGAGAACUUCAGCGAUUGAGUGAAACAAGGUGGGCUUGCCGGCAUAUAGCUUGCCACACUGUUCUUAAUAGACUACCUGCCAUCAUGCGUCUCCUUGUAGAAGUGGCUUCAGAAAACAGUGGCGAUAGAAGCAUUGAUGCACGAGGCUUGCUCGCUCAAUUUGACCUGCAGUUCAUUGGACUUUUGGUGAUAUGCAAUAAGGUUUUUGGUGAUGCAAGGUGUCUCUCUGACAUGCUACAGUCUCCCUCUCUUGAUUUGUGUUCAGCUGAGGAUCUAGUUCAAGCCCUUGUGCAAAAUGAUCAAGCUUACAGGGAUGAAUCCUAAUUUGAAGGACUCUGGAGAGAAAUCUUAAAUACUGCUGAAAAAUGUGAUGUAGAGGUGGAACCUACUUCAAAAAGAAAGACAAAACAGAGCCGGUGGCUAGAUGGACAUGCUGUCAUGUCCUCAACGGGUGAGCGUUCAGAGCAGAGUAUGGACACUUUCCGUACCAGCAUAUUUUACCCUGUGCUGGAUAACAUGCUCAGUGAGCUAAACAGACGAUUUGCUAAACCAAAUUGUGAAAUAAUGUUGGGAAUCCAAGCCUUAAAUCCGUCAAGUAAUACAUUUUGCCAAGAGCAAGCUCUAUUUGCAUUUGCUUCUAUUUAUGAAUGUAACACAGAUGACCUCAAACACGAGUUACACCAAAUGAAAAGAAUCCUAGAGAGAAAAGUCAAAUCUGGCAUACAGAAGCCCUCUAGCCUAGUAGAACUCACUAAAUUCGUUGAACCCUUUAAAGAGGUAUUCCAUGAGCUCUUCAGGUUAUGCAAAAUUGCUAUUGCCAUACCAGUCAGUACUGCCUCCUGUGAACGCAGCUUUUCCACACUCAAGUUAAUAAAGACACACUUGAGAUCCACUAUGGAUGAUGAUCGACUGAGCAGUCUGGGUAUUUUAAGUGUGGAGUCCAGACGAGCAAAGUCCCUGGACUUGGAUGAAUUUGUUAAUCGAUUUGCUGCUAAUCACAAUAACCGCAGAAUACGUCUGAAAUGAGUGUGUAAACAAUGAUAUGAUGAAGUGAUGAUGUAAAUAGUUUCAAUAAUGCAGUUAGAAGUUCUGCAUUGGAAGAUUCCAUGUAAAUAAUCCCCAAGGGCUUCGAGGCAAUUGUUUUUUUAAGAGGCACUAUUUUUUAUAACACAAAGGAAAGUAUCAAAGUGUUCAAUGCCUCUGUUAUAUACAGGAGGCUAAUCUUUAGAUCUUUAAGGACAGUCAUUGAAGUGUUCAGUUUUCAUGAGAUGUCACUGUUUGGAUUCUCUGUCUGAUAUGUGUAAAUGUGGCUCAAACUUGAAUCAUUCUUGCAGACUCCGCCUAAUACCCAUUGUGAAUAUGAUGUUUGUUAUUAUGUGUUUGAUAGAUGUUUAUGGAUCGAAUUGAAGAAAAAUUGACACUGCUUAUUUAAACAGGCUGUUAAUGCUUGUCGUAUUUACAUUUGUUGUAAUUCAGCAAAUAGUAUUCAGGAUGUUAUUUUAUUUAUUUUCAUAUUUCUAUACAUUAGCUCAGUAUUUUAUACUUUUUGUUAUUUAAAGAUAAAUCCAUAUUGUGAUCAGACUUGAUUAAAAAAACAUUGCACUUCUAAUUUUGCAUCCUUGUUUUGUAUUCCUGAUGAUACACUGAGAGAAUUGACUUGGCUUGUCGCCAUAAACUGAGGACAUCUCUACUAUAAAAUAGAGUACCUUACUGUCAUUGCAUAUCUCUACAACCAUUGUUCGACUCAGUCGUACAAUACAAAAAAAAACACAAAUAGCAAUCGGUAAAUCAACACAGUUUAAAACCAAGUAUGAAUACAGAAUAAGUGUAUUCUUUUUUUUCACCUGAAUUCCGAAUAAUGUUGAGAUGUUUCCUAUAUGUGUCUUAAAUAGCUCUGCAUUGCCUGGUGAGACACAUGCUUGCCACCCAAAAAUUAUCACUGGCCCCAUCCUUGCCACCCCAAUGGAAAUUCCCUGGCUCCGCCACUGUGAGCGCCACGUCUCGUGUUCUAAUGAGCACAAGGAGCGAGCCGUGGGGAGGAGGAGGAAACAGAAACUCCAGCUCAGUACAAACCACCUGCAGCUUCUGCUCUGAUCAUGAAGCCGCUGAUCUCUGAGCAGAAGCUCUGUGAUUCCACUGUUCUACAAAGUCACUGAGCGGCUGCUUCACGGUGACGGCCUCAGAUCUCAGUCAUUGCUUGUAUCUCCGAACAAGUGUGUGGCGAUGUCUGGGGUGGAGCACCGGGGCCUGUGUGUCGUGUGUGUAGCUCAGUGGACCAAUCCUGCUCGAGACUGAGGUUGGGACCUCCUUCCUCAUUUACAUAGGGACACUUAAAUGUGGAAAUAAAUAAAUGUGGAAAUAUAAUGCUGGAGGUUGGAGGGAUGCUGCGAUUAUCCAAACCGCAGUAAAUUCCCUCGGCAGAUAGAAAGGACAGCACUUUAUGAUCACAUACUCCGCCAGUGGUGAACAGUGUCUCCAUACUACCACAGCGUCCUGGCACCACGCAUCAGGUAUGUAAACACAAACUCCUCCACCGCGUUGUUUACCUCCGUUAACGAGGGCUGUGUCCGCACGAUAGCAUAUUAACUACUCAAGAUGUACAGCGGAGUCGGGGAUGUUGUCAUUAAGCCAUUUUUCAGUGAAAACAAGCACACAGCAGUUACUCACUGUACGAUUCGCUGACCUCAGCAGUCGUAUAUGAUCCAUUUUAUUGUCCAAGGAUCGUCCGUUGGCCAUGAUGAUGGAUGGUAAGGCUGAAGGCCAAAUUAUACUCGUGUUGCACGGACGCACGCAUGCACGCAAGACACGCAACACGCCCCUUUCGAGCCCUCUGGCGGCUUGCGUGCGUCCGCCAAUUUUUCUAACUAUACGACAAAACGACGCGAGCCUCACGCAGCCCGCAAGGCUUGUGAUUGGUCGGCUGACUACAUCCCGUCCGGAGUCUAGUUUCCGGUUUCAUGCCCCACAAUAUGCGGAAAUCACGGAAGAUUUAGAAGAACGAAUAUGGACCAAAUAGAAGAGCACUUGGCAGAAGAGAUCCGAAAGUAUGACCACUUAUAUAACCCGUCACUGACUGGCCGAUUUGUCCGCCAGAAAUAGGCUAUGAGGAGCCGGAGUGGCGAUGUAAAUAAACAUUCGACGAAGAAGAAGACGUCUCUUCUUUGUGUGUUUUGUUUUCGAAAAAAAAAGUUACUCCGCCUAGUGUUCUGGCGGUGAAUUGCGUUGCAACACGCGCAACACGUUUAGGAAGCAUAAACCAAAACGGAUCCGUCGAUGCAGCUGCGUGGCCUUCCGCGGUUGCAGUCGCAGGACUAUAAUUAGGCCUUGAGCGAGUUGGGCUAGCCGCUAGCCUAGCUCGGAUACCUCCGCGCUUGCUCCUCUUCUGCUUCGUUGCACCACGUUUCCGACAUCUCUUUAUCGGGGCUGUAGUCGCAGUCGGGUCCGGUGUAAUCAUCCGAUUGGCGAAGUCAUCCGAGCUCCUUGUAGGUUGUCUCUGUUGUAGUAUCCAACACGUUGUUUAACUUGCUCUUGCAGAUGUCUAACAGAGCCUGUUGAAUGUACUUGUAAUCCGACGCAGACAGACGAACACCACAAAUUUUAUUUGAUUGUUGAUUUUGAAUAAUUCAAUUGAAUAUAUAUUGAUCAACAGAAUUUAUUGUGAUUUACAUAUUUGUUGCGGUCUGUUGUACUUAAGUAAAUAAGCUAUCCUGGUUUAAUCUCUUACAAGGAUAUAUAUACUAAGGAAUAAUUUACCUUCCAUUGUGCCUUUUUUUGGUGAAAAAUCAUGCCAAUGACCCUUCAUGAAGAACAUUUAACAUUUAACAAAAGACGUGCUCUCUUCCUGUCUUCUGCGUCUACCACGUGCAGUUGCGCCGAGCGCCUUCUGAGACAGUUCAUGCAGGGUUUGCAGCAGACUGCACAUUAUUUGGUGUAAUUCUACAUAAACGCAGUGAACAAUGAACAUGCAUGAUUGUGAUUUUUAUCACUGUAAUUCACUGCGAAGCCUGUACAAGUAAAGCCUGAAACAUGCUUCUGCGUUUUCACGGGCCCGUAAGCGCAAGAGCCCUUCCGGGUCCCUUACGUGCUUAUGUAUCCCUCCUUACGUGCUGACGGGUGUCGACCCCCUUUUCUAAAAUUUACGGCAAAGCUCCGCAAGCUCACUCAGCCCGCAAGGCUGUGAUUGGUCUGCUCUACAUCCCUUCUGGAGCUGCAUUUCCGGUUUCAUGCCCCAUAAUACCGGCAGAAAUCACGGAAGAUUUAGAAGAACGAAUAUGGACCAAAUAGAAGAGCACUUGGCAGAAGAUAUCCGAUAGUAUGAUCACUUGUAUAACCUGUCACUGACUGGCGGAUUUGUCCGCCAGAAAAAGGCUACGAGGAGCCGCAGUGGCUAUGUAAAUAAACAAUCGACGAAGAAGAAAGAAGGCGUCUCUAAGGUCGUCUCGACAAAAAGCAUUACUCCGCCUAGUGUUCUGGCGCGGAAUUGCUUUGUAAGACGCGCAACGGUUGGGGAAGCAUGAAUGAAAACGAGUCUUGCGCCACAGCGGCGUGAAAAGACGCAGACGCAGUCGCAGAAGCAUGUUUCAGGCUUAAGGAAAACGCGUAUGAUGGCCGAAAUUUGAAAUAAGAAUAGAAAAAAAAGUCAACCCGCCAUCUCACUCUAUGCCAGUAAUUCUCAAACAGGUGGGGUUCAGAGGCAUAACAGGUGGGGCGCUCGACCGGGAGGGGGAAAUGUGAGAAGGUACUUAUGUUUUAACGUCCACAUCUUUUUAGCGGUUGAACAAUCAACAAAAUCGUUCUUUCGACGUAGCCAGGGGUCGGUGCCCGCGGCUCUGGAGCGGCGCCCUGUAGCUACAGUGAAGUGUAUGUAGGGAAUAUUUUUCACGAACAGUGAACUCACGUUAAUUUGUUGAUUCAUGAUCGUAUCAGGCCAGCAUGAAAUACCAGUAGCGGCAAAUGUUUGUGUGUUUCCCCAGACAGCAAACACACUCAGGCCCAGAGGCUCCGCCCCCACUCAUUUGCUCAGAGAGACACACAGUGAGAUCCAAGCUCGUUCGCGUGAAGCCGCCAGUCAGUGACAAACACGACACAGUGUUCAAAAACCAAACUGGGGUACGGAGUACGGAAAAUGUUUCAGGGGGAAACUAAAAUUAGUUUGACACCCCUGCUCUAGAGGUCUUUGCACAGCCUGCUUCUAAUCAAUUUUGUAAAUACUCAUACACACACAUUUUUUCUGAUGUUCUCAAUAAAAUGUGGCAUCUAUUGCACUUCUGUCCGUCCUGGUAGAGGGAUCACUCACAUGUGGCUCUCUCUGAGGUUUCUGAAUAUUUUUUUUUUAAACAUGGUGUAGCUUACGCUUUCAAACCAUCCACAUUGGGUUGUGGUUUCAUCAGCACUUUGGAGACGACGUAUGAAUGUGUGUCUGCAAGCUAACAAGUAAACUACUUUUCAAGCCGAUUAUUGGUAACAUCGUUGUUUUACCUUGUUCUGGAAGAGUGUAGAUUAGCCUUUGGUCCUCCGGUCUCAAGCAAUGAAGUAAGACUGCACAUCGCCUUCAAUCUGGCCAUGUUUCUCCUCUAGAGUUAAUCAGUAGCAUGUGUUAUCAAAGAUUUUCCACUAUGUUUCAAAUAGUAUUGGCAGCUCGCCAAUGUAAUGAAGAAAUAGUGUUGGAAUUGGUAAUGAAGCGCUCAUCCUCGUUGCCAAUUUGUCACAUUGUUUGUGAGUCAAGCAUAGGAGACAAGUGUAUGGUUCUUGAACUGUUAAGGUUUUAUUUAGCAAUUGCUAACAAUGCCGACAUGGCUACAUGUUUCCCUUACACACACAUUCUGCUUCUCUCUGAUAACCGCUCCUGUACUCUCUACCUACUGUGGCUCCUUCUUCUUUUACCCUCUCUAUAGUCUCACGGUGACACUUACUGUUAAGGGAUGAUACAGCAGUAGUAAAUCACAGCAUAAGCAUUCAUAUAAAAUUGUCAUUGUUUAAAAACACAACACUUGCAUCAUCAGCUCUGAACACAACAUGUUUUAGACUGGGUGUAACCCAACAGUAUAAUGAGACACUUUCAAUACAGGUGUAGGAAUUGUUUGCAGUUGUAAAUGUAUGUAGGUAAGUAAAGCCACAGAAUGACAGGAAAACACAUUUGCACAUAACACAUGUUAAAGACUAGUUCUGCCAACUAAUAGUACAUGUGAUGCAUGAUUUGAUAAGAACGCAAGUCAACUUCUAUUUUGUUGACUAACCUCACUUGUUUUUGACUUCAUCACUUAACUUCAUCACUUAACUCAGGGUGUCUGUCUUUACUAUACUAUAACAAGUUGAGGUAAGAGUUCAGAUGUUGAUUUAAGGCAGAGGUGUCCAAACUACAGCCCGCGGGCCAUCUGCGGCCCGCCAUCCAUUUUAAAUUGGCCCGCCUCAAAAAAAAAAUUAUUUAACUUUCUUGAUUCUUGUUGUUCGUGGUUUGUACCCUCGGGUACCCUUGAAUGCAUUGAUUGUAAAUCGCUUUGGAUUAAAGCGUCAGCUAAAUUAAUUGUAAUGUAAUGGACUAUGGCCCACUGUAUUGUAUGUCUCAGAUAAGACACUAGGUGGCACCCAACUCACCCCUGACCUGCCAGCUGUCCCUCAGAACGCCGCCACGCCCACCGCAACUGAACGAUGCAAUUGAGGCGCACUGUCAACGGUCCGCUCCAGGGCAGGGGGCGUGGCGGCGAGAGUGGCCCAGACCUUUGAAUUUUUUUCUGUAUGUGGCCCUCGGGAUUAGAAGUUUGGACACCCCUGACUUAAGGCCAUGUUGGUUGGCUUUGACACACAGGAGAAUUAAAGGGGACAUAUUAUGCCCAUUUUACCACAGUUGAUAUGGUUCCUUGGGGUCUUAAUGAAAUGUCUGUAACAUAUUUUGGUAAAAAUACCACAAGGAUCAUUUAAAACAGCACCCUUUUUACCCUGUCUAAAGCAGCCCUCCUCAGGUUGACCUGUUUUGAGUGCCCUGACGUGACGUGAAUUCUGGUCGUAAUCCCAUUCUACGCACUCUAGCGUAUAGUUUCUGACAUAAAGGAACCACAACAAAUUGCGGGAGUUGUUUUUUUCCAGAGUUUUUUGGACGAUAGACAUGCCAGAUACCCAAAUUAACGUGUAGAAGCACUACUAAAGUGGAAUGUUCAUAAUAUGUCCCCUUUAACUCAAACCUCUCAUAUCUAUGUGUAAUUUGUGCUCAAGCUCCCGUUAUGAUGGUCUGUAUUAUACUGACUCCGCCUCACUAAUGUUGUCUUGGUGGUUGUC